AUGCUUGUGAUUGGCGUCAAGACGGCGGUCGUCAAGGGCUUUUCUCGCAGACAAGCUAUUCGAGAUACUUGGGCAAACCCAGCCAUGCUUCCUCUCGAUGUGAAGGUAUUAUUCUUAGGCGGUGAGCCUAGUCUCAUAGAUUUGAAGAAUGAAGGUGAGCGAAGGCGCGUUUUACAGGCCAUCGCAAAAGAGAGAGCUGUCUAUAGAGACUUACUCACAGAGGAGCUAGAAUGUACCGACUCGUAUAGAGGUCUAUCUGACAAAGUGAAGUCGUUCAUGCACUUAGCUGAGGUAGAAUUUCCCGAUACAAAGUUUGUCAUGCUCGCGGAUGAUGACAUUUACUUGAAAAUCGAUCAACUUAUGGAGAAUCUACGCCAAGAAAAACGCCCACUGUAUUUUGGCGAAGUUUGGGCCGUGAAGUUUGCACACAAGCAAGAGCCAAUUCGCGACGGGAACAGUCCGUAUUAUCUACCCAGCGAUCAGUAUUCGAUGCGGAAUUUGUUGCCGUACGCAGUCGGACCUCACUACGUCGUCUCAAUGGCAGGAGUGCGAUUUAUCGCCAAGAAUUACUGGCGUUUACGCAGUAUGAACGGUCUGGAAGACGUGAGUACGGGGUUCUGGCUUCGAGCUGUCCACAUGAAUGCGCAACACACCCCAGCGUUCUCUAGUGUGCGUGCAUCCUUGGCGUGCAAUGACAAUCUCGUAUCAUUCGCCGACCUAUCACCUUUGGGAAUCCGCUCGGUCCACACGAACCUUAUCAAUAAUCGAAGCUUCUGCUACGGAUUCCACCCCGUCACGUGGCAUCGACACUUGCAUUCGAUCCCAAGCUUGGAGAAAUUGUUGCAACAACCAAUAAUUCCAAUUCUGACCAAAUGA